AUGUCCAACAAGAUCACAUAUGAACCCGUUCAUUCUCGGGACACUACUGAAGACGACGAGCAUGAUGAUUUACCCCUUCUAGCUUUGGGCCAAGAAAAGCAGGGACCACGCAACGGGCCAUAUUCAACAACUUGUUUGCUCGUCACGCUUGUGCUCGUAACCGCCGCCGCCACCCUGGUGUCUGGGACAGCGGGCUUCAUCUGGGGACGGCACAUCGAAAGGGACCGUGCCGAAUCGGACUGGUUUUCACCUCCCGGCCGGAUUGAUCAUACUUUCAACUACCGGUGGCAGUUUUCGGCGAGACCUAGCAACAACGAAUCACAGAUUUGGUGGAAUAAGGUGUUCCCAAAGGGUAGGGGAUUCAUUCAACACCCCGAAAUAUCCCCCGUACCCCACGGCCUUGCGGUAUUUCAUCAGCUUCACUGCCUUGUAAGACGGCCCGGUAAAUUUGCUAAGCUGGAAUACCUCCACCCGCUGACCUCAAUCUCAAACCAGGAUGCCAUUCGCCAUGGGUAUUAUUCCGCCGUGGAUGGAACCGAGCCGAUCCAUUUUGCGAAGCCAGGCCAUAUCCGCCACUGCAUCGACUACCUCCGGCAAUCCAUCAUGUGUAAUGCCGAUACUAAUCUUGAGCCUAUUGACCCCGACCUUGACGGCGUGACGGGGUGGGGAUUCCCAAGAAAGUGUCGGGAUAUCGUGCGGCUCAUAAGCUGGGCCCAGAAGUGGAGGACGCAUAACCAAACGGGGCAUCAUUGA